GGCGAGCGGCCCGCCGCGGAAGGAGGAAGGAGGGGGCCCGGCUGGCGGCAGGGGGAGGCUGGCUCUCCUGCGUGCCGAGGGGAGGGAGGGGCCGGGACGCCGGCGCGUCGGUGCCGACGGUCUCCAGGCGGGAGUGAGGAGGAGGAGGAGGAGGUGAGCUCCCUCUGGGUGGGGGAAGCUCCUGCUCUGCUACAUGGAGGGAGAGGCAAGCGUUCCCCCUUCCCCUGCUCCAGCUGAGGGCUUUCUGAAGGGACUGCACUUAGGAGGCAAGCUGCACACAGAAAGAUUUCAGACAGAGCUGAAGCAGUGGGAAAAUGAGCGUUCUUCUCAUUGAGGCUUUUUAUGGCGGUUCCCACAAACAGCUGAUGGAUCUUCUUCAAGAAGAGCUGAAAGAAGAAUGUGUCAUCUGUACACUCCCUGCCAAGAAGUGGCAUUGGAAAGCACGGACUGCUGCUCUUUACUUCAUGCAAACGGUGCCAGCAAGUGCUGAUUACAGGAUCCUCUUUGCAAGCUCUGUGCUUAACCUGGCUGAACUCGCUGCCCUGCGCCCUGACCUGGGCAAAUUGAAAAAGGUCCUCUACUUCCAUGAGAACCAAUUGGCGUAUCCUGUCCAGAAGUGCAAGGAAAGGGAUUUCCAGUAUGGAUACAACCAGAUUCUUUCAUGUUUGGUUGCUGAUAUUGUGGUGUUCAACUCUGCUUUUAAUAUGGAAUCAUUUCUUACGUCCAUUGGAAAAUUUAUGAAGCUGAUUCCUGACCACAGACCUAAGGAUUUGGAAAAAAUAAUCAGACCGAAGUGCCAAGUUCUUUAUUUUCCAGUCAGGUUUCCUGAUGUGAGCAGGUUCAUGCCAGAACAUAAGCUUGCCCAUUUGGAAAACAUAAUUGGUGUUAAAAGAAAUGGAGAUUCUUAUCAACGUGAGGGCCUGCCUGGGCAGCAGAAGAGCAGAGCUUUGGGAGGUUUAAUGAAAAACAGCAACACGUGUCGUGAGUCUGGACUUUGUGAAGCACAGCCUGGACUUUGUACCACACAGCAUGAGGAACUGCAUUCCCCAUUAACAGCAGCGGAGAAAUUGAACAAGUCUGAAGCAACAGAAAGUACAAAUCCUUGUCAAGAAAAAGAUAAGCAACAUGUGACUUUUAACCUCUGUAAUAUCUGGAGUGGAAUGGACUAUCAGCAGAGACCUUUACAUGUUGCCUGGCCUCACAGGUGGGAACAUGACAAAGAUCCUGAAACUUUCUUUAAAGUGCUGCUGAAACUGAAGGAGCAGGAGCUACCUUUUCACGUGUCCGUCCUUGGGGAGACUUUCACUGAUGUUCCAGAUAUAUUUGCAGAGGCCAAAAAAGCAUUGGGAUCUUCUGUCUUGCACUGGGGGUACUUACCCAGCAAAGAUGACUAUUUCCAAGCACUGUGCAUGGCCGAUGUUGUCAUCUCAACAGCUAAACACGAAUUCUUUGGAGUGGCAAUGGUGGAAGCGGUGCAUUGCGGCUGUUACCCGUUGUGUCCCAAGGCCUUGGUGUACCCGGAGAUCUUCCCAGCUGAAUAUCUGUAUUCUACACCUGAACAGCUUUUUAAAAGGCUUCAGAAUUUCUGCAAGAGACCUGAUAUUGUAAGGAAACAUCUCUAUAAGGGCGAGAUGGCUGGCUUUUCCUGGGCAGCGCUCCGUGGUAAAUUCAGGUCUCUGCUCGCAGCAGAACCGAAAGAAGAUUUGUGACAGAUGGGGCUAAGUCACAAACUUGCAGCCUCAGGCAGAAUUGUGGAAGUUUCCAGAGUGUGCCCAUAUUUACCUGAUCAGAGAGAAAAGAAAAUCUGCAGAGGAAGCCGAGCCUGGCUGCUUGUCAUAGCUGACACAGAGCCAUCUGCCACAAACCUGUGGCGGCUUCAGAUCUCCAAUCCCUGCCACCACCCCAGCUCAAAUUAAAUACAGAUUCUUAGAGACGUUAUGAUGGUUACACAUGUCCUCGGCAUCACAUGCAGGAGACUGUUCAAAAAAAAUAUGUGGCCUGUUGUAUAACCGCACUCAUGUAUCCCAUAUGUGGUGCCACAUUGAAUUUCCGGUUGAAUCUGUUUUUAUCCUUUGUACUGGAUGACAUGGUGCCUGAAUUCUUUCUUUUCGCCGACACGAUGGCAGCCAAGCUGCAGCUUCAAACGCUCACACUUGGCUGGGUUUCUACCUAGGUUGCCAGGUUAUCAUUGGAGCCUUAUUGUGUCCUCAAAGGGCCACAGGGCCUGAAAGGAGGAUCCGAGUGCUACCGGACUAAUUGGGCAGCCAUCUCAGAAUUGUUUGUAGGCAAAGGGCUGCUUUAGCACUUUUCUUUUUGCAAAUUAAUGACUCUCUGGCACAGGGGUUUUUAAGUGAAGGUAUUAAUAAGGGGUCUGGCAGGUAAUCCCAUGAUUCGCGGAGUUACAUUUGCAUUUAAUUAAUCUUAAAGAAAGCUGAAAGAUAAACAGCUGUAAUUCAAACUAGCAUGGGAAAUAUGCUACGUGGUGCCAUCUAUCCGAUAAAAUGAAAGCUGAGACACUUGUUUUAUUUCUCUCAAGGAUGGAGAACAAACAGAUAACAGCCAAAAUACUUCCAAUAAAAAGUAGUAGUUGGAAUGUAACGGCCGUUCAUCAAGCAUCUUUGCAUCCCGUUACGAAUACAGUCUUUUAAAGAUAAAUCACUUAUGAUUCCAGCAGUCAAGCUUCUAUAUUUGUUGAUGUAAAAUGUUUUGAAGAUGGAGAUUGUACAAUAAAUUUUUAAUAAAGUGCCCACUGCAAUUUUUAAUUAGCAUAUCUCAUUCAUGUAUAAGUGUGUACAUCUAUCUGUAUGUUUAUCAGUAUGCACAUCCUUGUGUCAGAGUCAAUGAAUGCAAUUGUGUCUUUAUCUGAUGAAGUUGAAUCUGCUUUGCAAGUGGUAAUAAAAUGUUCUGACAAUUCCAAGAUUUUCGACAGUGUUCUGGGAAGAAGCAGGAAGAAGAUUCCCAGGAAAUCAUCGUGAUGUAGAGGAUGGCCAGACCUCUCUACAGACAGGUACGGUUCCAGCUCCCCUCCCCAGAAGCCCAAGGGAGAUCCAAUGGCAUAUGAUUAAGUGUUCGGGUGUUUUCUGGCACUGCCGAGUUGUAAUUUUGCUGUGAUCACUUGUCUUACAUGUUGGUUUCUCUCUGUUUCUGCUCGAUCAAAGCCCAGCCUGGCUGUAGACAUGGAAUGUGGUCUUCUCAAGGAAACAUGCAUGAGUGCGGUCCUCGCAUUUGGUAGAGCCAAGUAACAGGACUUCUUGUCUUCACUAAUGCUAACACUCCUUGCACCAGCAAGAAUAAAUCAGGUGACUUAUUUUAUUUUUUUUUUUACUAUUGGGGAAACUGAGGCAUGGUACAGAGAAGAUGAAUUCCUCCAGGUUUUGCAGCGAGAUGCUCUCCAAACUAAUGCAAGAGAGAGAGGAGAUGCUGUGACCUCACGCCAUGGCUUGUGGCAAGCAGGCUGCACAUGCUGUGCUAGGAGACUCAGUGCUCAGUGGUUUAGGGAUACAAGUCCUACUGCCUGCAGUGUGUGCCCCCGUCACUAGAGGUGCCCACCUCCUCCAGGCUGGGGCCCUACUUUGCUUUAGUUACUGAGCAGUGGCACUCAACCAUUCCUAGCUGUGGCUGAAGCAUUGUCUGGAUGGAAAUUUUUUGCCUCAGAAUUACAAACCCCUGCAAAUAAGGUUUUAUAAUAGAAACACAGAGCUUUAAUUGUAGAGUAACAAAUAGCAAUGCUGCAUUAUAUGAUGAUAACUUCUUUACAUUGCUAGUGAAUAUUCACGGCCCAUCCAAGGAUACUUUCAUGUGUGCUGCAUCCCCCAGGCCCAGGAGGUUGACCUGGUACCUGGGCGUGCUGCAAGGUCCCCAGUCAGUGGGGUGAUGCUAGGCUUCAUCCAGGUGGUCUGGGCAAUAUUUCCCUGAUGGAGGAUCCCCCAGCCCGGGUGCAAAACCACCUCGGGAGUUUUGGCUGCUGGAGCCAAAUGCAGGCAGCCACUGUGCUGCUUCAUUUGAAGCCCUGGCUUCAAAAGGUCACCAUGACAAAUUGGGAUCUCUUUCCCAUUGUUCCUACAUACACGAGUAAUCUGUGAAAGUGCAGAGCAGAUCUUAUAAGUAAAAUGACAGAAUUAGCCCUUGACUUACUCCUGUAUUUAUCUAUGUUUCACCUGCGUUGACACAGCAGCUGUGGGCACAGCUGAAGCAGAGCAGGUUUCUGACUCCGACCAGACAGCUCCUUACUCCUGCAUCAGUACAGCCCAGGCAACUAAUCCUACAAUCCCUUUGUCUUAGUAUUUGAGAUCACAGGAAACACAGGUUUAUUCCACAUGAGAAUUGCCUCUCUCCACGUAAUAGAAAAGAAAAUCCUAAAAUAACGAGGGCAUUUUGGUGAGCAGCGUGCAGCACCGCCGGCCCUGCUCCGUGUCUGCAGCGCCCAGACCUCUGCCUUCGCUCCAAGCUGUUCUGAAUUAGGAGGCUCGAUUCUUCUAAUUGCAUUUUUAAAGACCGAGCCAGCAGUUCAUUAGAAACCGUGGAGCAAAUUCUGCUUCUCUAUUACACCAAUAUAAAUCUUGAAUGAAUUUAUAUCAGGAUAACUGGGAGGGCGGAAUGUACCUCCCAUAUUGUUCUUCAGAUUAUUAAAAGUUACAGGGCCUCGAAAAUUAAAUUCACCUUUCCCCACUCGAGCCACUCGGGCUUUGUUUUUCUUCCAGUAUGGACAGUUGUAAUGAAUUAGUCCGUCCCAUUUCAGCUCAUAGUCACUUUUAAGUUUGGUUCUCAUCCACUAGCCCGGGACUAGCCUGUGUGGAAAGGACCAGGGGGCAUUUUCUUUCAAACAAAUUGCUUUCAUGGGAAUAAUUUCCUCGAGAAUUAUAUUAAAACAUUUCCAUGAACCCCUGAUUUUGCAAAAAUAUUUUCCUCUUCUCUGUCCUUGAUGGAGGGGAGUAGGCAUUUCUUUAUUUGCAGAUAUAAAUGAGCACCUUAAUGAAAGUCCUUCAGAAUGUUACCCUCUAAUGGGCUAGCCUUAUUUAACUGGAAUACUUCUGAAAUGAUUCAGCCUGGUAAGCCAGGCUUCAUCUUGAAGGAAAAUUUUGCCUCUGAGUUAUGAACCCUUGCAAAUAAGGUUUUAUAAUAGAAACACUGUCAGAACUUUAAUUACGGAGUAAUAAAUAGCAAUGCUGCAUUAUCUUCUGAUAUUUCUUUACAUUCUGAACGAAUAUACACAGCUGUUGCUGGAAACUGAUAAUCAACUGCUAUGGAACUGUGCUGCAACUUAGCACACAGCCGGCGUGGAGGCAGCAAGCGGCAGCGGGAGGAGGAGGAGGAGGAGGAGGAGGAAGGGGGACAGCGGCUGUUGGAGCAGAGCAGAGGCAUCAGGAAUGUGGUGCUGGCACUGGGGCUGAGUGGAUGGUGAUGGGGACAGAGAGGGGUGAAAUGGGACCGAUGGAAGCUAAAGAAAAAAAUAAUAAGGAAAUAAUAAUAAUUAUUAUUAUUAUAGUGGGCUUAGCGUGAGGCAGGGGCUGAUGCUGGUGGUGAGCUCCACACAGCUCCAUGCAUCCCGGUCCCCCACCUCUCUCCUGCCACUCAUCAUUAUUUCCCUGUGCUGCUCGUGUUUGAAAUUCGCCUCCUUCGGUGGCAGCUCUCAGUACGGUCUGGUCCAAAUGCAGUCCUUCUAUGCUGCCCAGGUACCCCAGGACCAGAGCACUGCCCACGGCUUGGGUUGGGCAACCCAGCCCCACACAUGCCCCAAACCACCUCCAAUGCCCCCCAAAACCCAACUCAAAACAGCGGCGGAGUGCGGGCGAGGAGGAAAGGGAGGGCUGCAUGCGGAGGCUUAACCCUUUGAGCUUUGCAAGCAAAACAAGGAAAUCGUCAGGAAGGCAUGUCUGUAAACAAUGAUAAUUAGGCUUUUCAAAAAUCGUAACGCUGAUUAAAAUCUCCGAUUCAUUAUUUAUUCAUCACAGAGCCUCUUUGCAGACCUGGGAAUAGUGAUUAAAACCGAAGUGCUCUUCGCAUUCGAGAGGCACCCAAAAAGGGGUUAACGCAGAGGAAAGAGGAAACCGAGCGGGCAGAAUCCUGCCUUCAGAACCAGCACUUUCUCCUGGCGGGAGCCCUCCCAUUCCCCCAAAUUUUGGUAUCGCUGCAUGUUUCUCAUCCUGAGUACAAGUGUUAGACUGGAUCCAGUUGGUACUCAAAUUGCAAACACACUUUCACUCCUAGGAACGCCGGGCAAAGGGAACUUCUUUUAACUCCAUCAUGGCAGGCUAGGCAGCCAAUGCACAGCUGAUGGCCAGCAUGCCAAGUAUGGUGCGAAGAUCCGUUGUUUACAGCGAGGCGUUAGGCGAGCACAAAGGCUCAGACUGUCUAAGCUACAAUUUGUGCCUCAUCCCAUUACGGCUCCCCUAAAAGGCCCGUGCCGUUGUAGGUAACGUGUGCGCAGAACAUAUUUCUUUCUGUUGAUUUUAGUUUGCUUUAAUUCAAUACACACUCUUGUUUACUUUUUAAAAUUUAAAUAAAUGUCAGCAUUGUAUAAUUUCUAUGUUAACAAAGCAGUGAGCAAAAUCCCUUGUAUGUUUAUAAAAUAUUAUUGUUUAAUUCACAUAGUUUAGGAAUUCCAAAUGUUGAGAAUAGGAAGGAGGCCAAAUACCAUCUGUUUAUAACUAUGAUGCAUCAUCAUAUGUGUACUUUAAAAAAGAGGGAGGAAAAAAAAAAAAAGCUUGGUCCAUCAUGCCACUGUUCUGUCUGUUGGGAAUAUGGUGAGGAUUUAAAAGUGCUUGCUGCAAUUGGUGAGAGAUUUCCACACGGAGGAACUCAGAGCAGGGACGGUGCCGAAGUUGCUCACUUCUGUGCUCCCCUUGGAAGAACUGAAUGCAGUGCUCACAUGCACAGAUUCAGGCGCUGUCUCCCAGCCCUGACGUUCCCCCAUUCAAAAGAAAAGAUGUGGGUUUUUUUUUUAACUCCUUUUAGAUGUAGGGGAUGCGUGUGUGUUUGUGGGUUCGCUUCCAGCUGGUGCAGGCAUUUGCAUCCCUGGAUUUUUAAGGACAGAAGAAAGGCGCACGGAUUUUGUAGCCUCUUGCAAAGCACAGCCCAGAGACCAUCAUUCAACCGAUUCUUUAAAUAUUUUUUGUUCUUUUUUUUUUUUCAUUAUUAAAUCAAAUGUUUGCAAGUUUCGGUCCAAGAUAAAAGAGGUCCUUGUUAAAAAUAAUGCAUUCCACGCUGCAGAGCUGUGUGCAAUGAGCAUUUUAAAGAGAAGGUAUUCUGCAGGCUUAAAAACAAAGAGAGUAUCUCCAAGUUAAGUCGAUAAGAAGAUUUUUUUUUUCCAACCCCAAGUUAAUUAGCUGGGACGUCAAGCCUCAUAGUCAUCUUCCUACCUUCCAGGAGCUGAAGAAUCCCCACUAAAUGUACUUAAACUUCCUAGCGAGGGCCGGUGAGAUGAAUGCGGAGAUUAGGGCGAGCAUUACUGUGCCUCCCCAGUGCAUCCCAGCUGCAGCUCAUCCCGCUGCUGAUAAUGAUGCUCAGAGUCACUGAGGUGCUCUCUGAGGCUCGCACAUGGGGUCCCGUCCCCAGGGAGGAGGAAUAAUAGCAGUGCUCGGGUGGUGCGGGGGGGUAAGCACAGUUCUGCGCUUCUCUUGGCCUGGUGUGCGGUGACUUGGCGGUGAUGCUGAUUUAGUGAAUGGAGAGGUGUGCUCAGGGUGGGGACUGCGAUUCCCUGGUGGAGCAGGAGGGUUUGCUUUGUGUUCACCAGCAGGAAAAAAAGAAAAGCACAGGUGAAAGAGAACACGUCGGGGCUUGCUGGCAGAGGGCCGUUGCAGUAUGAAACAUUUUAUGGCCAACCCGCAGCGAUUUCUGUCAUGCCACAAUUCAGCAUACUGUGCACUUUGCUGAAAUGCCUCUGACUUUGUUUUUGAACUCCUUCGUUUCUACUGUUACAUGUAAGUGGCAGCAUCUUGAAUUGCUUAGCUACACCGGAUAGAAAGUUACAGCUCCGUGGUGCAAGUGCCCUUCUUCUACAUCUCCCAUUGUACAUCAAUCGUUUAAAGCAGCAGGUAGUUCACUACCUUAAAAGACAUUAUUAUUAUUAUUACCUUUAUUAAAUUAGAUAAAGAAAAUGCACUGCACACCUUCCCCGGGAAUCACAGAGUCAUAGAAGUGAUUGAAAGCACCCUUUGCAGAGUGGGUUCCAUUGGUGAUUAUUUGCUGCCGUGCAGUGCAUUUAAUCUGCUCAGGCCUGUGCUGCAGGAGUGAAAGGAAGAAAGGCAGGACAACAGGCACGCUCUGCCGUUGCAGAAAUGCAUAAAUGUGAAAUGUAUACAUUCCCAACCCAACCAGCCUCAGAAACUCAGGCAUGCAUUCCUGCAUAUUACCCCGUAUUUUCCAUGGCUAUGCGAUCCUUGGUCUCCCAAGCUGUGAUAGCAAUCACAGGGGCAGAUUGUCCAAUUACGAUGUGCAUACCUGUCCACCAGGGAUUACAUGCAGCCCUCGUGCUCGUUUAUCACUUCAUUUUUACACGCUGGAGUAGUUUUAUGAGAUACACUGGUAGAAGCAGUUUCAGAGGUUGCUAAAUACAAUGUUCAUCGCACACUCGGCUUCAUCCGGGGUGCUGAGGGUUGGUGCCAAGAGAGGGGCACUGCAGAUCCCUCCCAAGCACGUGUAUAAAUUCAACAGUAGGGCUGCAGGUAAGUUAGGGGUUCAUGUAGGCAUUGUCACUUCUGCAUCCAUAGUGACAAAGAACCUGUUAAUUUUAUCUAUUUAUGCCUCUGACCUUCUGCAGGAUAGCAGCUCUCCUGUGGGAGCACUGCAAAAGGGGGUUUGGGUAAAAAGGAUUCGCCUUCCGAUUUGUUUGCAUUUAGGAAGGCAGAAAAAAAGAAAAGAAAGAAAGAAGGCUGGAAUGUGUCUCUGUUUAGGGUUACAGGUUUGCAGGUUUGGACAUUAUCCUGCAGAAAUCCCAAGAUCAGCAAAGCCUUUCAUGUCAGAGUAUUCGGCCAACAGGAACGCUGCCCCAAACUGCAGAGCUUAACACGUGGGUUUCUUUGCACACUCUGCAUCGUGCAGUUCUUUGGCAAAAUUUGGAUGGGAAUAGUUUGUCAAUGCUAUUAAUAGAAAUGUUUAAUGCAGGAGUGUGCGACGUGAUGAGCAGCCUUGGCAGGAGCCAUACCCCGCCUGAUUGCAUUGUAAUACUGUUUGAUGCAGCAGUAUGUUUGAUCAGUUACAAGUGAUGAGUAUCAUAUCACAUCAAACAAUUUAAUACAGUCUCAUUGUAUGGAAUUAUGGCUGCUGUCAAUCAGCGUGUGGCCUAUUCCUCACAGAUCUGUCUUUGGGAGCCGCGAUACAAUUGCAGCUACGUACGCAUUAAUAAGUAAAGUGCUGCUGAAAUUCCAUGCAGACCUGUUGAGAUUUUUGUUUCUCUUUCAUGGUCUUUUUGUUUUGUUUCAUUCUGUUUUUUUUUUCCUUUCUCAGCACGGGCUCUGCAAUGAGUUCACCUGGUCAAUAGGACAGCUGAGGGCCGGGUCCGGCUGCUUUGAAGAGAGCUUGGAAAACAGCUCAAAAAAUGCAUGGGAGUAGUGAAUUUUGUUGUUGUGGGGAUAAAUCCACUGCACUUGUUUUCUGCUGAAGCUUCACAGCAUCUCUUCCUUUGGCUUCCUUGGGGGGAGGAGAGGCUACCUAUUAAAAAUGCAUAUGUUUUGUCUUACUGCUUGGCGCACCUCGCUUGAUAACCCCCUACUUUGAUUUGGGGAUGGCACUCUUUGAACUUAAAGUCUCUUCCUUAGGACUGAUGUAUUCAAGGUGCUGGAGGGGAAGCCCAUGUCAGAUGAAAGAUCCGUAUGUAAAUAACAGCACGGAGGUGGGGUUUAAGGCAUUCCACAUUUUGCUAUCAGUUUCAGACAUGUGCUGCUCUAAUGCUGGCUUUCCUUGCAAAAUCUCCAAGUACCUAAUGGGGCAUAAGGCUUUUAAUGAGGCCGUACAGCCAUGGGGUCACGCUGUGUUAUGUGGGAGCACCGAUUGUACAGGAGCACUGAUUUUGGGAACGUUGCUGAUCGCGGUCCAGGAGACCAAGAGAUGGCCUCUGUGCAUAAUGCCUGCACGGACAAAUGGGUCCCAUUGCGUUGGGUCACACAUUCUGCCAAUAGAUGUGACAUGGUGGAAGGCCAAAUUUCAGCAGCCAAUUCAUGAGUGUAAUGAUGGUAACUUUGUCCAUCUUUCCCUAUGCUCUCAGCCUGCAUAUCUAAACAGCACCGGUACUUGAAAGGGAAACCUCAGAAGAAAUUUUUAGAGACGCUAAAGGAAGUGAUUGUUGACUUAAUAAAUGACACAUUUCCUUCUACAUAAUGAAUUAUCCUGGAGGUUAAAACAAAGUGUACUUGCAGGGCUACAGAUAGAAGUAAGGACCUUGGCAAGCUAAGAAAUACUCCCGAUGGGGACUGAAGUGGAUGCUGAGCUGGGGUUGACCCUGGAUUUGGAGGCAUGAGGUGCCCAGUUUGCCAUAAGGCAGUAGGUUGUCCUGUUUCCCAUUUAAUUCUGGAGCCUUGGGCCUGUUGCGGACUACAAAAUAGCCAUAAUUAUGGCCUGAUUAAUUCAGAACUGAAGAGCCUCAUAGAAUCAUUUGAGUUGGAAGAGACCCUUAAGGGUAUCUAGUCCAACUCCCCUGCAAUGAACAGAGACACCUACAGCUCAACCGGGGUAUUCAGAGGCCUGUCCAAUCUGAUGGCUGAUGUGUUUUAUAGUGCAAGGUAAUGUAAAAUAGCAAGUGUAAAAUAAUACGUGCGAGUGUGCUGAUAGCAAAAUGCUCUUCCUUCAGGCCUGGUAGCUAUUAAUGAUGCUCUAGAAUCACACAGCACCCAAAGCUGAGUAUUGUCCUACCCCACUUUAUCUCGUGCCAGGCUUUAAUUGGCAAUGGUUCCAUCUGAGGCCAUGAUCCAGUCAAAUCCGUCAACCCUCUGUGUGGUAUUUAGAUCAGAAAGCCCAUUCAAGCAAGAGUAGCAUGGGUCUGCUGCUAAUCCACGGGAGGGCAGUACCUCUGCAAGGUGAUUUGUAGAUUAUAAGGCCAAGAAAGGACUUUUUGGAUCAUCUGGUGUCACAUGUAUAACGUGAGCCAUAUGACUUCCUUCCAUUAAUUCCCAUUUGAACCAGAAAACCUCAUCCUCUACCGGCCUAAGAAUUGACACUACAGCCUUUGGUAUUAUUAGAUCAAGGAUAGUUGCAGGAAUUCUGUGCUCAGAGCAGAACUGUGUGUGUCCACUGAUAAAUGAUCCCUGUGCUCACUUGGUGCUGUCCACCCAAGAUAACCAAAUCAGUGUUGCUAAAAAAAUAACCCCACUUAUAGUUUUAGCAUUGGAUAUAUAUAUAGUUCAUAGCAUUGGAUUCCUCUCCAUUCUAUCGGUCUAAAGGAAAAGAAGACAAGAGAGAAAGCAGUGUUGUUGGUGUACUUUGUGAAACUAUUGCUGACUGCUCACUGGGAUGAAAGGCACUUUAUGUAUGAUAAUUUUCCAAUUUCUUUACUUCAGAAAAAUUGUUAUUAGAGAUGACCUUCCAUAGGGUCAGCAUUCCACGGUCUGGUUGUGUGCUAGGAGGUUAGGAUACGAGAGUGGAUGCCAUUCCCCCACUACACAUGGACAUAAUGAGCUCAGGGUUAGUUAGUGCAGUUGAAACUAAAAUGUCAGGUUGUAAAUAUAAAGCAGGAAGAAAAAGAAGAAUCCUGUCAAACAUUAGCACUAACUUUUGCAGGAUUCUCUCUCGUUUGUCCCAUGUGUGCAUCUCCUUAUUGCCAUGCAGCCUAUGGAACCCGUGAGUGGAAGGUCACUUCCCGAAUGGUAAAAUAUGUGUCUGAUGAGAGGGGCUCUUUGGAAUUCAUGGUUCUGGAUGCAGAUACAGAUGCAUCUCACCGUGGAUUUGAAAGCCCAGCAUGAGGCCUUGUAAAUGAUAAAAAUAUGUGUAUAUUGGAAUUAUACACACAGGCAUGCACGCAUUGGUUAAAUUGAUGCUUGAACAUCUACGUGUGUAUAUAAUGUUCUGUACUGUGUUCUGAGAGAUAUUUAUAAAUAGGUUUUAUAUAUAUUUCUAUUAUCCACAGCUCUAUGUGCGCGCAUGUUAUAAAAUCUGGUUGGUUUGUUGGUUUUUGUUUUUUUUUUUCUGGUAUGCUUUUUAGGUUUUCACGGGAUAAUAUAUUUGAUUUCUCUUUAAAUUAAAUGAAUUUAUUUGUCUGCCUUUCCCUUAAUGGAAUCAGUUUUGAUAUACUCUUUGUUCAUGCUGUUACAGGCUUCAGUCUAAGGGCUCUUUGUAUUAACUUUUUUAAGUUACAUUACAAAGAGGUUUUAAGAUUUCCCAACAGGCUUUUAUUUAACCGGGGCUUUUGAUCUCAAACCUGCUGGGGCCUAGUGAAAUCCUUACCAAUUCUCCAGUAACUCCUCACUAUUGGAAUUUGAAAAGACCCACCUGAAGGAUUUAACUCGCUGUAUGGCUUCAGCCAUCCUUUAGAUGCUUCUAUUCAUGCAGACAGCAAGGGGGUCGAGGGCACCCUUUGUGAUCCUCCAAGUAGCCUAAGGUGCCCUUUGCAUAAGUUGUACUCCUGAGGAAAUAAAAAUCAGGAGGACACAAACCUAUAUACCUUAUUUCCUGCUAUCUUUACUUAAAGGAGGAGCGCAGGGGGUCUGCUUAACAUCCUUUGCUACCUAAAUACCUUUUGGACAUGGGAACUCAAUAAAGGAACUUUCAUUGCAUCCAUUACCCUACUGCGGUGCAUAGCAAAUUAGAUUUAAAAGGGUACUUUUUCCCUUACAGCUAUUUCGAUCGUUUUCUUUAAAAUUUCAAUUUAGUGUCUAGUGACAGAAUGUGCAUUAGAACUAUAUAGCACCAAUUACACUAACUAUGAACGUUAUUUCAAAAGAAUUAGUUAUAUUAAGUUAUAGACAAACCGUUGGGGAAAAAGGUCAGGUUAGGGGGAAGAAAGAAAAAAAAAAAAAGAAAGGAAGGGGAAAAAAAAAAAAAAAAGGAGCUGUGCAAUAAUGUUUUAAAGGGAACAACGUGAAGUGAAUGCUCUUUUUAUUUUUUAAUCCUUUCAUUUCGUAUAACCCACACCGAAAUUUCACCGCUCUCUCAGUCCCUGCUGUUGGAGCAGGGGGGAUGUCCUGCCCUCCUCUUGGCUCACAAUAGGAAGCCUACAGCUGAGCCCUGUAGUGAAGAAACAUCCCACUGAGAGAUGGGAUCGGAUGCAUGCUUGUCUCCUGGCCGAUACCGAAGGCCACAGUGUAGGAGAAAGGAAAGGAUGCUGGCAGACCCAUCUCAAAAGAAUAUCAUAACUAAGCACAUUCUUGUCAUAGUUUUGGUACCUAUUUUCUGUUCCAUAUAUAUAUAACACACAUAACUCAUCUAUUACCUGAAUUUGUGUUCGUUUUCUGAGACCCUUUAUUUUGGUUUUUAAUUUGAUGUUAUAAUAAAACCAACCUGAAGUAUGACAUGCAACCCCAACCUACCUUCUUUUCUCACGACCCUUCUUCUCGUUUGUUUAUUUGUUCUUGGUUUGUGGUUUUUUGUUUUAAUUUCAAGGGAUGUUUGGGUUACUUCUUUGUGAGCAUUUGAUGUGGACAUGUAUUGCACUGGAUUUUUCACUUUUUUUUUUUUUUCCCUUAGAUAAAUAGAAUAAAAACUAUCAAAUUUAUUCCCUUUUUCUUACUGAGACCAGGUUUGAGACCUCUGCUUGAACUGUGCAUGGCUUGGUUAUUUCAAUUUAUAGGGAUUCCUGGUGAAUCAUUUUUGUUUGUUUGACAUCCUGUGGGAUCAAGCUGCCAUGAAUUUUGA